GGAUAUAAUAGACUGGAAACGACAUGGUCGUACAACCACUCUUAUCGGUCUUUAUCAUUAUUCGGACAACUGCCAGCCACCGGUGCUCGAACCCGUCUGGCUCUCUCGUUUUACAACUCUCUCCCAAGAAACACCACUCUUCGCGACUCUUCGUAACGCCCGCCUUCGCCGUUCACGUCACGUGUAAUAUACACAAACGAGGCCACGAGUUACGACUCCACCACGACGAGAUUUUCAUUGACCGCUCGACGAAGCCACAACGUGCGGACGUCGCAUUUAGUCUGACGGGUCUCUCUGAGUGAGCGCACUCCUCGUUAGUGAGCGUAACGAUUCGAUACCGACCAAACCACGUGCGACCGACGACUGCCCCGUCAUUUAUACGGCUGUCAAUUAACGUCAAUAAACCGCAGUUUCACUCAAUAUCCUGUCAUUUUUAAAUAAUAUUUAAUAUAACAUUACUAUUGAUUGAGUACGAUCACUUUAAAUCAAAGGUGACACUUGUGCUUAAUUUCAGUUUUUCAAUUUUUGGUGCCAAAAAGUAAUCAAAAACUUGAAGGAGAACAUUACACAAUAUGGAACUAUCAAGAACAUUUGUUCAUUAUUCUACAAUAAAUUCCAAAUGUGAUGAUCAAAAAGUUAUUAAACAGGAAAUUAUUGAUGACACGGACCAUACUAAUGAUGAUCAAUUAUUAAAAAGAAGAUGUGAUGAUCAAGUAUAUCAAAAAGUUAUUAAACAGGAAAUUAUUGAUGACACCGACCAUACUAAUGAUAAUCAAUUAUUAAAAAGGAGAUGUGAUGAUCAAGUAUAUCAAAAAGUUAUUAAACAGGAAAUUAUUGAUGACACCGACCAUACUAAUGAUAAUCAAUUAUUAAAAAGGAGAUGUGAUGAUCAAGUAUAUCAAAAAGUUAUUAAACAGGAAAUUAUUGAUGACACCGACCAUACUAAUGAUAAUCAAUUAUUAAAAAGGAGUUCGAUAUGUAAAACUGAAGAUGAAGUAACCGCAAUUGAAACCAAAAUAAAAAUUGAAAAAGAUUUUAUCGGCAUUUGUGAAUUUGAAGGAACAGUUUUAAAUACAAUUCACCCUUCGGAACUUAUUACUCGUGUGAAUUCGAAGAAGAGAUCUCGCUUUAGAGGAAAUGUAUUUUCAAAUUCCAGUAAAUUUCCGGUCAACAAGAAGUUUCAAACUGGAGAUAAUUAUCAAAAAUGCAACAUCUGUGAUAAAUUAUUUAAUUCAAAAGGACUUUUGACUAAACAUGUGAAGAUUCAUACCAGAAAAAUUGGAAAUCCAUUCGUGUGCGACAUUUGUAAUAAAUCAUAUUAUAGAAAAUCUGAUAUGAAAAAACACAUACUGGUUCAUUUUGAAGAAAUGCCAAUAAAAUGUGAUUUCUGUGAUCUAUCAUUUUCUAAUAUAGGAAAUUUAAAAAAACAUACUAGGAAACAUACAAAAAAACAGCCCCAUAAAUGUCAUAUCUGCGAUAAAGUGUUUUCUCGAAAAUAUUCUGUAAAAGUUCAUAUCAGAACACAUACGGGGAAAAAACCAUUUAAAUGUGACAUCUGUGAUAGAGCGUUUUCUUCUAGAAGAAGUUUAACAGAUCAUAUGUGGUCCUUACAUACAAAAGAAAAGCCACAUAUAUGUGGUAUAUGUGACAAAGCAUUUUCAUUAUUAAGAGGUUUAAAACUACAUACAAUGACACAUACCAAUGACAAGCCAUAUAAAUGUGAUAUUUGCGAUAGAGCGUUUUCUUCUAGAAGAAGUUUAACAGAUCAUAUGUGGUCCUUACAUACAAAAGAAAAGCCACAUAUAUGUGGUAUAUGUGACAAAGCAUUUUCAUUAUUAAGAGGUUUAAAACUACAUACAAUGACACAUACCAAUGACAAGCCAUAUAAAUGUGAUAUUUGCGAUAGAGCGUUUUCUUCUAGAAGAAGUUUAACAGAUCAUAUGUGGUCCUUACAUACAAAAGAAAAGCCACAUAUAUGUGGUAUAUGUGACAAAGCAUUUUCAUUAUUAAGAGGUUUAAAACUACAUACAAUGACACAUACCAAUGACAAGCCAUAUAAAUGUGAUAUUUGCGAUAGAGCGUUUACUGAUUCGUCAAAUUUAAGAAUUCACAAACGGAAACAUUCUGGAGAAAAGCCCUAUACAUGUGAUGUUUGUGGUCAAUCGUUUUCUGUUAAGGGUAGUUUGAAAAUUCACAAACGGAAACAUUCUGGAGAAAAGCCCUAUACAUGUGAUGUUUGUGGUCAAUCGUUUUCUAUUAAGGGUAGUUUGAGAAUUCAUAUGUGGAAACAUUCUGGAGAAAAGCAACACAGAUGUGUUAUAUGUGACAAAAGGUUUACUAAAACAUCAAGUUUAAAAACGCAUACAAGGAUACAUACAAGAGAAAAACCAUAUGCAUGUGAUAUCUGUAAACGAGCAUUUUCUCAAAAAUCUAGUUUAAAAACGCAUACUAAGAUACAUACCAUCAAAAUGCCUUAGAAUGCAUCAUUUGUUCGGCAUUUUUUGGAACAUACAUUGUGACGGUCAGUUUAAAUAACCAAUAUAAUUGUUAAACCUAUGAUUAUAUAUUUAUAUUUAAUUUAACUUACAGGCUAUAAUAAAUAAUAACAAUAUAAAAUAUCCAGACUGACAAACCGUCUCCGCUCGUAAUCGUUUUUCUCAUACAAUGAUAUAAUAUCAUUGAAUUCAAGUUUGAUAUAAUCCAUUAUACAUUGACCCACUUGUAAACUACUGUACAGCAGAGUGAUAUCCACUUAAUUGAUUUUUUUUCUUACAUAUAAGUUAUAACAGUAAAUUUAAUUGUAUAAAUUUCACUCAUUAUUCUUAAAUUUAGAAUUGACAGUUUAUAUUUGUAUUUUGCUUGUCUCAUUUUUGGUUUUAACAAGCGUGUUCCUCCUAUUUGCAUGUAAAUAAGGAUUUUCAAUUAAAUUUAUUGAAAUUAAUACUUAGAAAUAAUUGUUUGUCAACACCCCCCUUUGUAUUUUAUACAUAUUUAUUUUAAGUAGAUAAGUAAUGUGUGAAAUACAAUGUUACUAAUACAAUUGUACAUUGUUUGUAGUUCUAUAGAAUAUCUGACUAAUAUCUAAUAUCUAAUAUCUGACUAUUAGAAUUAGAUCAUUGGUAUUUUCUUCGAAUAUUAUCUGCAAUAUUCAUACAAAUACAACAUGUAAUACUAUGAUAUUGAACAGAACUAAUUUAACUUUUGUUAAAUAUGUGAUUACAUUAAAAAUAAUGUAUAUAAUUUUCAAACUUCCAAUU